GCACAAUUCUCCGUAAAACAGGUAAAUUCUAUAAUCUCUUAUUUUUGGUGAAUUUUACAAUUCCAAGCAUUUUGCCUAUUAAACUCUACAUGCAGCAUCUAGUGAAAAAAAACCUUUGAUGUAUGAUGCCAGGACACAGGGGAUCCAUGAGUGACUGUGGGAGGGCUAGAACCAUAAUUGUGUUAUCUCUAUGCUGUCAAGCAGUUGCUACAGACCAAAAUGUUCACUUAUAAUCGUGAUUGUCUAAUUCAAUGGAACAAAAGCAUGACUCUGUUUUCUGUUUUACAGCUGUCAGUGACAACUACCAUCAAUCCCAGGCAGACACUAGCUAAAUACCAUCGAAAACGCACUUCACAGCUGCUACAACUCUUACCAAUCACACUAUCAAACAAAUGCCUGCAGCUGUUGAGGGAAAAAAAAAAACACCUUGGGGUCCCUGCAGCUUCAUAAGCCAGCAAGGUUCAACCAUCCUCUCAUCGCCAUUCAGAAUAAAACAGCGAGAAGUUGGAGUGCGAUCAUCAGCCGCAGCAGAAACGAUUUUAAGAGAGGCCUCUUCAACUUUAUAGCCGCCAUGCCUGCCAUUGUUUCCCCCCCCCCCCACACGUUUAAGAUAGGCAACUUGGACAACAGGAUAGCAAAUGCACAUCAGCUGCUCACGCAAGAUGUUGAGAGGUUUUGUAACAGCGUGGUGAACCAGUAUUCAAACUUAAGCAAGCUAUUUUUGGAUAUCGUUCUGUAUAUUGUCAAGCUGACAAAUGCUCAGGGACCAGCCAGCAUGAUGGCUUACCUACUCGUAGCUGACCUUUUCCUUACACACCUUAGAAGGGGGGGGGUUUGA